AAUGCCGGGCGGCAUGCAUUGCCCUCACCAGUGCGAUUAAACAGUAUCAUGUCAAACUUGCCCGAGCUUCCUCCACCGGUGACUCGCACAGAGCAGCUGACAGUAAAGAAAGCAUUUCCAGCCAUCGGCGCUGGUUUCUUUAUACUCACUCACAUCAUCAAUUGUAUCUGUGUUGUGGUCAUUUUCAUCCAUCUUGGCUUAACCAUUCCAGCACUGAUGCCAUACGCCGGGGCGGUCUUUUUCGCGUUCGUAUUCAUUAUUGGAUGCUAUUGGGGCAUUCUUCGACUGGCGGCACCAGAACGAGCCGGAAACAGCAUCUUGGAGUGGAGUUCGAAAGUGCAAGCAAGUUCGAAUACAAGCGAUGAAAAAAUAAGCAGGGCGAGAAGGAUAUUCUUCGGUACCACAGGCGUUCUUUACGCCUGCGGUGGAUUAACCAAUCUCCUCUUUUCGCGGAAAUCGCCCGAUUACAGCGUGUACAAGUUUGCUUUUGGUCUUCUGUGCCUAAGUUUUGGCGCUGGGUUUAUCUGCGUUGCCUACAUAGGAAGGUUGCCAACGAAGAAGGGUAACCAUGAUAGUCAAUCUGAAUCGGAUGAAGUUACUCCAGGUGAAUAUAAGGACGACAACACCACAGCUCAGUAAAGUGAGGAUUAUAUGAGAAGCAGUAGACAGAGCGGCAGUGACAGCAAUGCCUUGAUAUGUGUACAAAUCAACACCCCGUCAAUCAGUACUUUGUAAUUGAGAUGAUACAACGUUAUUUACCUCCUGUAAUCUGACACCCAUCGAGAGGUCUUGAUAGGUCACAAUUGGACGCAAACUUCAGAGCUCGGAGCAGAAAAACUCGAAGAAGAUUUUUUUUGGGUAGCAACUUUUACCUGCAACUUUUACCUGGACACGAGUCAUUCCUAACGAACAUUUGGUUCCGCAUAUCCGGUAGGCAUUGACCUGUUUGAUUUUAAUACUCCAGACCUUAGAAGUUAGGUCUUACUG